AUGAGGCCCUCCGCCGUGGAGGUUCUCUUGCUACUGGUCCUUGCAUCUGCCUCGUGGGGGGGUCUUCAUGGCGCCACCGAUUCGAAGCAAGAUGGGAAGGAGAACAAAUUCCGGCAACGCGAGGCCAGCGACGAUUUGCUCGGUUAUCCCAAUAUGUAAGAUCUACCUUAUCCGGUGCUACUUGGCAUGCUCUUAAUUCUUUCUUCGAUACCCCCAAACCAUCUACCCUUCCCCGGAUCAACAGAAGAGCAAAAAUAUAGAACCGCUAGACUUUCAACAGUCGCAUUUUGCAAAAUGAAGCACCUCCCAAUGCGACCCGCACAGUGGGUUACUAGGCUGUGGGGCUGGGUGUAUUGAAUCGCUUCAAUGGAGCUCCAUUGCUCCAGUUUUUUGGUUUCGAACGUUCUCUUGCAGACAGAAAAAGUGCUGUACUACCUGUGCUACUAUGAUUUGAUUGCAAGUGGUGGCUUCUCGGUCACUUAUUCCAGUUGUUUUGUUCUCUUGCGCAUGUAAAUUUAUUUAUAUUCAUGAAGUGGAUAUUUAUAUUAGAAAUUUUCUCCCUCUCACUUGCUGUAGAGACGAGGAUUCGUUGCUGAAUUCAAAAUGCCCAAGACAUGUGGAACUGAGGUGGCAGACGGAAGUCAGCUCCAGCGUAUAUGCCACACCUCUGGUUGCUGAUAUUAACAGGUUAUGUUUAUCGUUAUACUGAGUGAUCGGAGAUAUUUUCCGAGGGCAACACCAUCAAAUCGCGUUGUAAUGAGAGAUGAUCGCAGGCUACUCUAGUUGACAUUUUCCACUUUAGCUGAGCAUUUUUAGUCACAUUGACCACAUCCCAGAAUGCAUCCCCAUCUACUUCAAUUUUAAAGCAUUGUGACCGGGGAUAGUCCAUUUGGAGCACCUUUUGAUUGAAGUGAAUAUAAUGAUCGUUCAAAUCUUCUUUUCAUCAAAUAUUGUAUCUAAUGAGUUCUGUAUCGGUCCUUUUAAUCAUAAAACCUUAGGUUCUGAUGUAUCCUUUCAUACUGAAAGUUAAUACUCAAAUGUUUUUUUAAUGCCGACCGUCAUAAUUUCUUGUAUAUUUACAAAUAAUUUCCCUAAAGUCGUUUCAUCUUGAAUAUGGUUAGUUAAUUCAUCUGUGAGGGAGUUUCUAUCUGAUAAAAUUUAAUUUUAUUAAUAUUCGGAUUUACUGAUACAACAGCUUUUUAUCCUUUGGCUGCAGUGAUGGAAAGCUAGAGGUGGUGGUUCCGUCAUUUGUUCAUUACUUGGAGGCUUUGGAAGGGUCUGACGGAGAUAAAUUGGCAGGUAAGAGUUUCGAUCCUCUAGUAUUAUCCCAGGAAGGGAUGUGGGGUUGAUAUUGGCAAAUGAUCACAUGGAGGUACUUGUUGAACUUGGGUUCAAGUACAACCGAUUCUUCUAUCCUGUGCAUUAUCAGUCGUCACUUUUUGUUUGCCUGUUGUUUGUCAUUUGAUAUCGGAUGGUGCCUUUGCACAGGCUGGCCUUCCUUCCAUCAGUCAACUGUACAUUCCAGCCCUCUCCUGUAUGACAUUGACAAGGAUGGGACACGGGAGAUAGCUCUGGCUACCUACAAUGGUGUCAUCAAUUUCUUCAGGUAAUCACUGACUUGAUUGUCAUUGUUUAACGAAUUCGUAUCCAACUAGUUUACUUUUUUAUUACAGGCCCACAGGAUAUAUGAUGAUUGAUAAGUUAGAGGUUCCUCGAAGGAAAAUACCAAAGAACUGGUAUGUUGGUUUGCAUCCAGACCCCGUCGAUCGUUCUCACCCCGACAUUCAUGAUCCAUCUCUCAGUCAGGAGGGUGCUGGUAUGAGCUAUUUAUUUCGCAAGCAGUUACUUCUUCAGUUUAAUUUACAAGUUAGAUAUGAAAACUUCAGUCAUGUGCUUGAAUGACCCCAGAGGUCUUUGGACGCUGAUAUGGCUGUCAAUUGUUGAUGUUGGCCUAUGUCUGACAUGGAAAAAUAUUAGAAAUAUGACGUGGGUACAUUUUGAGGAAUAAGCAUUCACAGGGAUGAUCUCAAUUUUGUGACAUAUUCAUUCAGCCAUAGGUGAUCGUUUUGGUUUUAUAACCAAAAAUCAUGCAUUUUAAUUUUCGGAGUUUUUUUCAUUAACUUAUUAAUGUUUCAUGCCCAUAACCUUUGAGUUGAAGCUGUCAGCAUUUUAUCUUUAAUCUAGUUUGAUGUCGAUUGGUUAAGAUAACACUUUUAGAAUGAAUUGAGAAGGUCUCGUACCCAAGUCAGUAAACUUGUCUCGGAAUCUUGCUUUUGCGUUCAAUUAUCAUUUUUGCAGGUGAUGCAUAUGUUAACGGUGUGCAUUUAUCGGAUGUGCAUUUUUCGAGGUGAUUCACUGGUGGAUACAUGCAUCUACUCAAUACUCACCUACGUGGCUUUAAAGGGCGUUUCAUUCUGACCUUCUACCUGCUUACAUUAUUAUCAUAUUCAUUAAUAGCGCUUAUCCCUAUUCUUUUAUAGAAGGGAAUAAAAUCAGGCAAAACCAACAAUGUUAAAAGGAUUUCUGUUCCGACUUUUUGGAAAUUUUGAUUCCCCAUAUAAGCUUUGCUACUUUUCAGUUGUCUGGUUCGAAGACUAGUGCUCAAUUUCCCCAUCCAUUAGUAAUCGUAGCUAGGAUAUCAUUGGUGUUUUUAACACAGGUUCAUCUGUAUGACGCUUUCUGUAUUGUGAGACACAUGGAACCACAUGUUAAUCCGAAGCUUACUACGUGAGAGAACUCUUUUUAUUAAGUGGGAAUAAUCUCAUUAACGAAAAAUCAAAUCAAAUUGCUCAUCCCUUGCAUCCCUUCUAUAGCCUUAAUUUUAUUUCAUCUAUCAAGUUUUAUCUAAUAUAAUUUAGUAUCUACAUCUUUUCGAACAUUAAUGUAGACGAUUUCCAACUUUUUAGAGGUGUUCUUUGUCUGUUUCAAACCAUUCUAUAUGGUUUCAUGCACAUUAUUCUUUGUUGCCAAUUCCUAUCGUCUCCAUAAUAGUGGAAUCCGAGAGCAUCAGGAAUUUGCCAUCAAUUCAUUGACUGCUAUCAUGAGAUUAAUGUUUAUCUUAGUGUUUUGUUUCAUACUUCAGGAUUAUGUUCUAUUUCCUUGUUAGUACAAUAUUUUUCAUCGUCUCAUGGUUUCAUUCUAAAUGUUAUACUUUCUCUGUCUUUCUAUUGUGUAAUAAUUGGCUUCCCUUUAAGUAAAUAAAAAUGAGUAUAUUUUUGGAUGGAUAAAUAAAACACAGCGUGGUAUAAUAGGACUUUUGGAUGAGAAUGAUCUUGUUUAGAAACAUGGAGAUGCAGCACUAGAUAUACAUGGUAUCUUCAUCUUCUUCUCUCUUCUUCCCUUUUAUUUUACUGUGUCGUCAUUUGAUCUCACUAUCCAACGAGAGUGCUCUAUUGUAUUUCAAAUUCAUCCUUAUUUUAAUAAUGUGAUAUAUGUAGAGAACGAAAGCGCAAUCUGAGAAUUCCAUUUUUUAUUGGUGUUCAUGAUUUGGGCGUUCUGAUGUAGUUAAUUUGUUCCCUCGCAGCAAUGAACAGCAGCAAAAUAGGAGUUAAUGCAUCUCUUUCAUCUGAAAUCCUGGGAACACAUGGGGUUAAUGGAUCUAAGAUGGAACCAGAAGGAAAACUCACUUCUCCUAGGUCGGGAGAAACUAUCAAAGACUCAGCUAGCCUGCGCAAUGAAACUUUGCGUGUUGAGUCAGUUGGAGGUAUCAAUGGCACGAAUUCAACAAACACCCAAAGAAAGCUCCUUCAAGAUAGUCAUCCAAAGGGGCCACAGGAUGAGGGCCAUAAAUCAGAAACAGAUAUUGAAGGCUCUAUGGGAAAGGCCUCAACUGUUGAGAACAAUGAAUCCUUGGCGGAAGAUGCUGAUGCAUCUUUUGAUUUAUUACGUGGUGGGGAAGAGCUGGCUGAUGAAUACAAUUAUGACUACGAUGACUAUGUAGACGAGUCCAUGUGGGGUGAUGAGGGUUGGGCAGAAGGAACACAUCAGAAGAUGGAGGAUUACGUGGACGUUGAUGCACACAUCUUGUGUACACCGGUAAAUGUUUAAUGUAUUUUGCUGUAUUCAGGUGCACAUUCAUGACUAAUGCCUAAUAAUUCAUAUUUAUGCACAUGAACAUCUGCUGAUAAGCGCACAUUUAGUGAGGAUGGAUUCAUUGGCUUAGCUCUUUUUCUGUUUUCCUCAGGUAAUAGCAGAUAUUGAUAAUGAUGGUAUAUCGGAGAUGAUUGUUGCUGUUUCCUACUUCUUCGACCGCGAGUAUGCAGCCAUUUACUUUUAUUUGUUCCGAGUAUUAUAUCAGGAUAAUGUUGAUCUAUGUAGAGUCAUGUUGGUGUCUGUUUCACUGUUGUUGCUAGCUAUUCUAAAAUCUGAAAUUUUUUAAAACCAAGUUGUUACAAUAAAAAAUUUCAUGAAAAAGGGCUAAUAUUUUAGCGUAAUACAGUUGACAAUUAUGAACAUUUUUACUUUCCCCAGGGAAUUUUAUACCUUGUUUUGUUAAAGGAAGGUUUUCUUUAUAUAUUUAGGCGAGGAAAGUACUUUUUUUUGUCUUCUAAUCCUGGUUAAGGGUAUUCGAUGUGAUUGGCCCAAUUUUCUUUUUGGUCAUAUUUUUCAAGUCCGGAAGGUGAGUCCGAGUCCUGUGCAGGCCUUUAUUUUUUGGGGGAAAAGGGGCUAUUUGGCAUGAAAAUGAUUGGUGAGAGCAGAGGAGAAUUUAGUCUGGAGUUGCAUCAAUGAUUGAAAGUCACCCUGGAUAACGAUUCAUUGUUCUCUCAAUUCACUGAGAUUUAGCUUUUUAUUCCGACCACGAUUAUUUAUUAUUUGCGUCCUCAAUAGUAUUGUUUGUAAGUAUAAUUAUCAUUUUCCUUCUUUCAUUAUUUGUUGCUUCAGAUCUUUGCCAGUCCUUCCAUGAGGAAUUAAUUUAUUCAUUAGCCUCCAAUAUGCAUCUCCCAACUUCAUGGAUAUGAAGAAAAAAAUGUCUCUCAGUUUCUAUAAGAUUAGAUAAUAUUAUCAAUCCCCAAAUGGAUACAAGCCCCAUCUCCUCUCUUCACUUGAAUAUGCCCUUUAGAGUUUCUCAGCUGCAGAAGUGGAUGCCUACACUUAUUUGCAGCUUUAAGUAUAGGUGGUCUCUAAAUUGGUAUGUAAUGGACUUUACCUUGACCUACAAUUGGAGUAUCAAAAUGAUUGGUUACUGCCAAAUUGUCAGGUACUACGACAACGCAGAUCGUCUAGCAGAACUGGGAGGCAUAAGCAUUGAUAAAUAUGUUGCAGGUUCUAUUGUCGUGUUCAAUCUCGAUACAAAGCAAGUUAAAUGGACAAGGGAGCUUGACCUCAGUAUUGAUACUGGGACUUUCCGUGCAUACAUGUAUUCUUCCCCGACUGUGGUUGAUUUGGAUCGUGAUGGAAAUUUGGACAUCAUUGUUGGAACUUCCUUUGGGCUUUGUUACGUUUUAGAUCAUCGUGGUAACUUCUCUACCUUGUCACUGUCUCUCUUCCACAGUUAGAUUCCUUUUUAUUUGGAAUGCUGUAGGCCUAACUGUUGUGCAUGUUUGUGGUGAACUCUUGUAAUUUACUCUUUUUUUGUGGGUUACUUGCAGUGAGAACUGUUUUCUGCGAACGAUCUGAUUGCCCUGAUAUUAUUGCCUUACUUAUCCUGACCCGUUCUUAACAGUAUCUCUAUAUCAAAAGUCAUGUUCUAUUUUGUCAUUUAUGUUUUUUGGGGCUGAGAGGUCAUUUUACGUUACGCUCAAUAUAGUUUUGGCACAUGUCCGGGUAAUUUUAAUGUUUGGACAUACUCUACUCAGAUUGACCCUCUCCAGGUUCUAAAAUUAUCGGAAAUAUUUUUUACUGUCCGUCUUGUAAAAGAUGGAACAGAUGUUUCAUGCCUGUAGGGAAAUAGAAGUGCUCAGAAUUCUGUCUUUAUUCUACAUGCGUACAUAUACAUAUAUAUAUAUAUAUAGAUAUAUAUAUAUAUGUGUAUAUUGAAAGAAAAUAUGGGAUUGCAGCACUAAAUUUGUUAGUACUGCGUGACUGGUCUCAUUUAUAUGGGAAGAAACGAAGAAAAACUGAUGUCCUUUACACCGUACAAAAGUAACGAUCCUCGACCCACCAUGAUCCCACGUACCAAAGACGAAAACACUUAGCAUCUCUAGAAUGCUACCCCCCCAGGAUCACUUCAGAGGGAGAGAAUGAAAUGCACAUGGUGCCCAUUGGAGCAUCAAGUAAAAAUCUGAUUAGAACACUAUUGCUGAUGGUUUAGGAUCAGAUAUUGGGGAUAAAUAACUGGUAGUGAGGAAAAAUGAAUCAUGUCAUUUGCCAAGCGGAACGGACUAAUGCAUAACUCAAAACUUAAAUAGUAGGUUUGCGGAUUGGGUGGGGUGAGUGGAUACACUUGUCAAUCUCGAGUUCAUUUUCAAAGUAAAUUUAUUUAAGAUUUGGCUUAUAGAAAAAAUUGAAUCAUAUUAACGAAAGAGUGGACGAUUCUAUUUUAGGAUGUCGUAGACUUUCUAACAACAAAGAAUCUUUGCACGGGAUGCAUAUGUUGGUUUCGUCCAUCAUUGAGAUGUGAUUUGGAGGCCCAUCAUAGAGGGAAAACAUCAAAAAAUAGAUGAAAGUAGUAAAUAAGUUCCGAGUAAUACUGUUAGGUAUUUGGGGAUAUUAUUAAAUUUCUUAUACUAUUCGGUUAGAGUAGCCUGGAAUAUUUGCUUUAUUGGACAGUAGGAAGAAAUUGACUCCAAAAAGGUACACAAAUAUAAUAAGGAAAUGCAGGCGUAUUUCGGAUGCUUGAAGGCCCCGCUGACCCGAAGUGAUUUAGAAAGAUUGGAGCAAUGAGAUGAUGCUAAAUAAAAUGAUUUUCAUUUGCCGCUAAUUCACUUUUGGAUCUACUGAGAAUCGAUUAAAACAUUCAAAUUUGAGAAAAGGGAUGUCGUAGAAUAGAGAAUGCGUUUAGUGAUUGACUUUGGAGAAAUGAUUACAAUAUUAUGAAAAAUUAUAAAUCGCUAAAAAAUAUUUAAAUAGUUAUAUAAGUGAAGCGGAAGGACUUGAAUAGAGAUGUGGAUUUGUAUUACAGGAGCUUGUAAAAAUGGAAUCUUUUUCCUUGGUACUUUGUUGUUACCAUAUGAUUUUUAAAUUGAAGGAAAUGCUAUAUAUAAAAAAUCAAACUGAUUAUGUGUUACACGCCAAUCAAGACAGUGUCUAACCAAUGUUUAUCUUGAUAAGAUAGUCCUUGGAAUGGAAUUUCAAUCUGAAUGUUUGAGAAGAUACAUGCCAAGUGACUCUAUCAUAGAUACAAUAAAAUGAGCUUGAUCAUGCAUUCAUUGAGAAUAAAUUUUUAAGUUGAUAAUGUGUUUAAAUUGCAUGUUAUGAAACACUUCCCAUAGGUUCAUUGUCACACUGAUUCGUUUUCGAAUGUCCCAUGACAGUAAGAGGUUUCUUUUUCCUUAUCUGCACCGCAAAUUUUGGGUCAUUAUUUUGGUGGUUUGCGUAGUGUUUGCUGUCAUUUACUACAGCGGCUUAAGCAUACGUUGUUAAUGUUGGUUAUGUUGAAAGCAUUAACGUUACAUCUUCCUCACCUUGUUUCUCCCUUAAAAACUAUGGACUUUCGUAUCAUGCACGGACGAAGAAAGUGUAAAAAAGCAUGCUGAAGAUUUUAUUCAUCACUGUACUGUUAGCAGUUCUAUUUUCACACACUAUUCCUACAGCAUAUUGUUCUGCAUCAACCAAUACGAUUCUUAACAGAAUUGCUUCCUGCAUUUAGGUAAUGUCAGGGAAAAGUUUCCUCUCGAAAUGGCUGAGAUUCAAGCACCUGUUGUAGCAGCAGAUAUCAACGAUGAUGGUAAAAUCGAAAUAGUGACAGCUGACGUGCAUGGAAAUGUUGCUGCUUGGACUGCCCAAGGAAAGGAAAUUUGGGAAGUUCAUCUGAAGAGUCUUGUUCCACAGGCAAGAGUUAUCAACACAUAAAAGUUAUCAUGAAGUUCAUGCCAAAUUUCCGUUAGUCAGGAGAUAACUAGAUCCUUUAUGCCUAAUUUCUAUUAUUGAACAAACGACGGUGUUACUCUCCAUAGUAGGUGUAUACUAGUCACUAAGUACAUGUGUAGACACCAUUUUCUUGGUGAUUUCUCAGCAUGAUGGUUAGUUUCUGUUUCCACAUGCAACUUUGACGCCGCCAAACAGAUGUAACCAUAUUAAGCCUACCUAAAAUAGGGUUGGGUGAUUUGAACAUGGUGAACCUUAAGGCAGAGUUGGAUAUUGGAUGCUAAGGAAAGCUAUAGGAUGAAGAUAAAUAGGGAAAUUUACAAUACUGUUACUCUACAUCCUCCAUCAUGAAAAAUACUUCGAGAUUGCUCAUAAGCGCUUGUUAAUGGUGAGAUCAAAGCAAAACUGCAAUUGAUCUUCUUUUCUUUUUUGUCGGAGUAAUAAUGUCUUUGAAGGACAGAUGCAUCAUUGUUGAACAAGGAGAGUAACAUAUAUGGUCAGUUGUUGCUGCUGUUGGCUGGAAUAAACUAAUUUCAUUGAUGGAAAGUAUUCUGGAUAAUGAUCAUCAGAUGGUGGUAAAUCUUUUUAUUCUACUCUGGUAGUGGUUCAUCUGACUGCUACCUUAAAGAUCACAUGACAGAGCACAAGGCAUCGUCACAAUCCUGUGAGGUCAAUCGUCCAAUUGUUUUGCGGAGGACCGCUAGGUUUCUGUGACGACUUGCUAUACUGUCUCCUUCUGUUCGUUUUUUUCUAAUGGAGGGUGCUUAAUCCACCAGAGGAAACGCUACACUGGAAGAAUUAAGGACAAGCAGACGGAAUGCUCAAUUAUUUGGGAUGACAUGUGGCAUAUUGCACAGACAAAAAAAUAUUUGUUGGCUAGGUGUGAUUUCAUCCAUGCAGUUCGUUUCGAUAUCUUUUUCAUGAGGUGACAAUUUUUAGAGGUGGCUUUGACCCCUAGUAAAAUCUGGAACCUUUUUAUCAAUGAACACUGAAAUGCCCUCUUUUUCGACGGCUGUAGCAAGAUCUGUGGACGACCUUAAAGAAAUUGGCAUCAUGUCAUUCACUUGAUAUAGGAUUGUUGGAAACAAAGAAUUCUGAUAUAAUUUUAGUUGAUCUCAUGUAGAUCCAACUGGUGGAAUGCCUUCUUUCAGACUGUAGUGUCCUUGGAAAAUGGGAAGGAGAUAGUUUUCAUUGACAUGAUAUUUUUUCUUUAUGAAAUUCGAGAUGUUUCUUAUAUAAUUUUUCAUUUUCAUGAUUUCGCUGAAAUUUUCAAAAUAAAAUCACUCUAAUGGCAAAACUUUACAUCCGCAAGUCAGAUCAACUAAUUUCGUUCAUAGGUUUAGAAGCCGUACAUCAUAUUUUACGUGUUAUAAACUUCGAAGUCGAAUCUGAUGUGAGAAUGUUUGCAUUAACUGUUAUUCAUUCCAUACUAAGGAGAAAAAAAUAUGGUGAUCUUGUCUGGGUGGAUAGAGUAAAUUGACUGAUUUUUUUUGGUAUUAAGCUUGUAGGAUUUCUGUUUAGUGUAUCCCUUGAACCUUGAUGAUUUCAUCAGCAAAAAAGAAGGGAACGCCUUCCUGGUAUCUUUUUAAAUAGUUUAUCGAAGCAAAGAUUGCAGAAUCUAUCUGGUGACUUUUCUGCCUAAGCCUUGGUUGUUCCACGUGCAUUGCAUGACAUUCUACGUGAGUUUUGUAACCUGAGGAUAUGAACUUAAGCGUUUCGUCUCCAACUUAGCUUGUUUACUAUUUUCUGAGCUCUAGCAUUUCUAAAUAUUUAUGCAGACCUGCUACCCAUUUUAUUUUAUUUGAUUAUUCAAGUUCCAAGUGGACGUUUUUUAUGUUGCUUUUGUUUUGCAUCCUUACGUGGUCUUAAGAGAGAGGGCCACCGAAUAAAUCAAAUGGUUUCAGCGAUAGUUCUUAAAUUUCUACUGUUGAAACUGAAACCCACCCCGUCAUAACCUGCCAAGGUUACUGGUCCAUUCGUCAAAUAACAAAUACUGUUUAUAUAUGGUAAUCCCUGAAAAUCCAGCAAGAAAUCAUGCAGCUCCACGCUUCCGCAUCUUUUUGAGCGGUCUAUGUUUAAAGAGCUAGAUGUAUGCUCUUUCGCUGAUGAAAUCACAAUUAGUUUUCAGCGCUGAUUAUUUAAUCUGUUGCUAAAUGGUUUAUAUUUCAGUUUUUUUUCCUUUCUGAAAAGGGGGCUGAAUGCUUGUUACUUCUCAGGGUCCAACCAUCGGCGAUGUUGAUGGGGAUGGCCGCACUGACAUCGUGGUUCCGACCAUAUCCGGCAAUAUAUAUGUUCUUAGUGGCAUGGAUGGAUCUUUUGUCCGUCCUUUCCCCUACCGCACUUCUGGGAGGGUGAUGAACCAAGUUCUUCUGCUCGAUUUAAACAGCCCCAAGGAGAAGCAGAAGAGCUUAACUCUCGUCACAACAUCAUUUGAUGGAUAUCUGUACCUCAUCGAUGGAAAGACGGCAUGUGCUGACGUCGUUGACAUCGGGGAGACAUCGUAGGCCCUCCUUCAUCCAACCCUUUUUCUAAAUAAAUAAAUAAAUAAAUCUUAAUUCGCAUUCCCAUCCUAACAUUGAUCUCCGGUAUCGCAGAUACAGCAUGGUCCUAGCAGAUAAUGUCGAUGGCGGAGACGACCUCGAUCUCAUUGUGACAACCAUGAAUGGCAACGUGUUCUGUUUCUCGACUCCCUUGCCGCAUCACCCGUUGAAGGUAGGUGUUAGUUGACCGAAACUUCUACCUUUUAUGCUUUUGCUUUGUUUAAAAGGGAAACAGUCAGCGCCAAUUAUUGACUGGGACUAGGGAGCUGUUAUUAGAGAGCCUUUCGAGAUGCAGCAAGAGGUGUCACAGGCUGAUCCAAAACGCUCCCUCUCCCUUUCUCUCUGAAAACUAACCAUCAUUAAUGAUAUGAAUGCCAAAGUUCUGGUUAAGGAUUUUGAUGCUUUCUUUACCGAGUCAGUCUCUACCUUAGUAGAUGCUCUAGAGAUGCAUGCAGCUCCUAAUUAAUUAGAUCUGAAGCUAGAUUUUUAUUUUUAUUUUUAUUUUGUUAUCUUUUAUCAGGCUUGGAGAUCUUCGAGCCAGGGAAGAAAUAAUGUUGCGAAUCGUCAGAAUCGUGAAGGGAUUUACAUAUCGCACUCUUCUAGGGCUUUCCGUGACGAGGAAGGAAAACACUUUUGGGUGGAAAUGGAGAUCAUUGACAAUCACAGAGUCCCUUCAGGGCAUCACGGCCCUUACAAUGUUACAGUAAGCACCUCCCCCUCCCCCCGCCGCCGCCCUCUACUCAGCUUUUGCUUUUGAUGGAUCUAAUUUACAUUUUCCUUUUUUGGGUCCUUCUCGUGUGAUGAAAAAACAGACAACUCUCUUGGUUCCCGGAAAUUAUCAAGGAGAGAGGCGCAUAACCAGCAGCCAGACGGUCCACAAGCCGGGAAAGCAGCGGGUGAAGUUGCCCACAGUGCCCGUUAGAACAACGGGAACUGUGAUAGUGGAGAUGGUCGAUAGGAACGGGCUCUUUUUCUCCGACGAGUUCUCCCUCACCUUCCACAUGAACUACUACAAGCUCCUCAAGUGGCUCCUCGUGCUCCCCAUGCUCGGCAUGUUCGGCAUGAUUGUCGUCCUCCGCCCCCGGGAAGACGCCCCCCUGCCGUCCUUCUCGAGGAACACCGAUCUCUGA